GAGGAACCAAAAGGCUGCAACACUUUUUAUGACCAAGACAGGACUGAGAAAAAAGAAGAGUAUUAAAGGAAUGAGGAAGAGGAACAGCUCCUAACCUAAUUAAGAAAAUAGGUUUUCAUAUUCCUUCUUGUUUGUUGAGUGGGUCUCAUCUUAUUUCAACCUAAAAAAAGCUGAAUCUUUUUAUUGUUGUGGGAUUGAUUGCAACUUAGUGAAUGAGAGAGAGUGAAGUAAAAACUAGUAAAUGUUAUGUCUAUCCUAUCAUGUAGUUAUUAUCAAUAAAAAAGGGUAAGUGUUAACCAAUGAGCAUUGCUUAUACACCUCACUUAAUGGGAGAGAGUUCAAAACAGAUAACUCUGGGUUGGUGGGUAUUGAUGUAUUCUGUCUCUUCUACGGUUUGUGUUGUUUGAACCGUGUUUUGGGAACUACUAUAACAUUCGAUUCCCUAUAGAUAUAUCUCUAUAAAAGAAAGUGGUAAAGAGAAUUAAAUUUCUUAUAGAGAAACUGUACUAUUCUUCAUUUCAAGAAUUCGCUUACUAACAUUUUCUCCUUCAUAUCUACUAUAUCUGAAAAUAGCUUGUCUUGUAGUUCUUCAAUUGAGGGAAAACAAUGGUCUUAGAAUUGCCAUGUGGUGAUACACACUCCUAGUAUUCAAUUAUAAGAGUGAUUCAAUAGGCUCCAGCUUUUCCUGAUUCUAAAACACAAGAAAAAAAUAUCAGAAACAAAAGACACUGAGGCUAUAUCAGAGGGUAAAGAGAUUGGGAACAAGCUGUAAGGUACGUAACGUUUUUCAAAAAAGAAGAAGCUAAGCUAAACUAUUUUUGUGUUGGCAAUGGAGUCUCCAAGAAGAGGAGGUUCUGAGGAGAAGAGUAGUUGUGAAUCAGGAUGGACUAUGUACAUAGAAGACACCUUCCAUGGAAACCAUCACUCUGAGGUUGUCUAUGAAGAAUAUGAUGAUGAUGAUGAUUUCAAUGGAAAAGAGGUCGAUGAUGAUGGGGAUGGUGAUGAUGAUAGUAGUGAAAAUGGGAGCGAUGAUUCGAUGACUUCUGAUGCAUCUUCAUGGCCUAGCACUCAGCAUCCAAGGAACCCCAAGAAUCAUGCAGCUGCAAAGAAGAGCAAUGCCAAACAAGUCAGUCACCAGACAAAGAACAGGGCUUGUGAAAAGUUCAGCGACGAAGAAGAGGAAUCUGAGUUCAAGGCUAGAACAAGAACCACUACAACUAGUCGUGUUCAAAGUAGAGGCAAGGCGAGCAAAACCAAAUAAGACUCCUCAAUACAUGGUUUUAGUUUCUAUUGCUAUAUCCAAUGCAAAGGGAAAAAAAUAUCAGAAUCAAGACGUUGUAGUUGUUUACUUUCAUUUGAUAUUUAUGUGUAAUUGCAUCGCUUUCUUUAACAGGAUUAUGUUUUUGCUUAAAGCAAAUCCCGUUCCUGUAACUUUAUCUGCCUUGGAGCUAUGCUAAUAAUAUCUACCUUUUCUGCACAUACUCCGUUCUAACACAAAAAGGGAACAUUUCAAUAAUCCAUAGCCAUUGAAAAAAGCAAAACAUGUACACGAACUACAUAUUCAUUCAAACAAGUUCAGAUCCAAAUGAUUUGAGUUUUGAAUAAAACAAAGAGGUCGAUGACAAAACAAGAGUU